GAGCGCGCGCGCCGCCGCCACCGGAAGCAGUUUCCGUGCGCGGGCGCCGGUGCGCGGUGGUGGCGGCGGCGGCUCCGCCUCGGCCCCGGCCCCGGCCUCGCUCCGUGCCCCGGCCCCGCCGCGGUCCUGCUGCUGCUGCGCCGCCGCCUGCGCCUCCUCAUGAAGCCCGUGGUCGUGUUCGUGCUCGGCGGGCCCGGCGCGGGCAAGGGGACGCAGUGCGCCCGCAUCGUGGAGAAAUAUGGCUACACACACCUUUCUGCUGGGGACCUCCUUCGAGACGAACGAAAAAGGCCAGGCUCACAGUAUGGAGAGCUCAUUGAGAACUACAUUAAGGAGGGUGAAAUCGUACCGGUGGAAAUAACAAUCAGCUUGUUGAAGAGGGCUAUGGAUCAAACAAUGGCUGCCAAUUCCCAAAAGAACAAGUUCUUGAUUGAUGGAUUUCCCAGAAAUGAGGAUAAUCUUCAAGGCUGGAAUAGGACCAUGGAUGGAAAGGCAGAUGUUUCUUUUGUUCUCUUUUUUGACUGUGACAAUGAGAUAUGUGUUGGUCGCUGUCUUGAAAGGGGAAAGAGCAGUGGUAGGAGUGAUGAUAAUCGCGAGAGUCUGGAAAAGAGAAUUCAUACAUACCUGCAGUCUACAAAGCCUAUAAUAGACUUGUAUGAGAGAAUGGGGAAAGUCAGAAAAGUGGAUGCCUCUAAAUCUGUUGAUGAGGUGUUUGAAAAAGUUGUACAAAUUUUUGAAAAAGAAGGCUAGUUCCCAGCUUGAAGGUUCGCCUUAAACUUGUGCUUGAAUUUUGCUUGAUAGCUGCUACUGCAGUCCACUCUCUGUAAUUAUUUUAAGAGUUUAUUUCACACAGUCAGUGAUGAUUGGAAAAGUAGGUAGAAAUCAAUUUGUUUAUCUAAAUAGGAAAUCAUUUCUCAUGGCUAUAAUAGACAAAUUUAAGGGUUCCUCAUUAAUUUUAGUUCAGUUAUUCGCACAGCAGAAAUAUACGUGGUUAAAACAUCUCUCUGAAGAGACUGCUUAUCCUGUCACAGUUCCGUGCUUUUCAUGGGCAACCCUAUUGCCAUACACAUUUUAUUUUUUUAGGAUUGGGUAAACAGCAAUGAGGGACCUGUGUGUCCUUGCUUUUUUGGAUGUUUGGACCAAAUUUAGGAGAUGCUCUUUUUCCAAGUAUAAUUUUGCCACUCAUUUCCCAGUUACCUCCAAACCUGAAUUCUGAGAAUCAAACUACAUGUAGUAUGAGAAUCUGCUUUAGCAGUUAUCACAAACGUAUUUAUGUGCUGUUUAGCAGUAGGCAUACAAAGUACUUAAUAGAAAGUGGUGCUUUCUUAAAAUUCUGGGUUUAAACUGUCAUAAGGCCUUGAGUACCUGGAUAACAUGGCCCUGGCUUCUUACUUGUCUUUGCAAAAGAAUGUUGUUUGAAAGUCAGGUCAGUGUCUCUGUACUCAUUUAUUUAGGAUGAUAAUUACGUUCUUAAUUAUAGCAUGGUCUUUACGAGGUGGAACAACUGUUAAAUAGUAUGUAAUAAAUAAUCUUCUGAUUGUGUCUUUUGUAACCAGUGGAAAGCAUUUUCUGUAUUAUUAUCGAAAUACUGUGUUACUGAAUACUUUAAAGUUUAUUACCUGGAGAAACAUUUUUAUGGUUAAACAUGUGAGUUUGUUUCCCUAAAAUUGUGUAAUUUUAAUAGCUGUUUGUUUGAAAGGGUAUUGUAAAUUAUUGCACUUUGUUAAGAUGUGGUCAGCUGGGGGAAAAAAUCUGCAUUAAAAAGUUCUGUAAACAGAUCGGGUCCUUCUUUCCUGCAUUUUCUUGAGCAGGAAGGUACAGUCAGCAUCAGUAGUUGAAACAGUUUUUUAAAUGUUUGCACACUUGUGGAAUAGUUCUGCCUUCUGUUUAAAGUAACUGGUUUUCCCCAUAUGGCUUUAAUCCACAUAGGUCUGUGGGGGGCAAAUCAUGCAUUCCUUACACACCCUAAGUUAAUUUUUCAUUGAAGCAAACCCUGCAAGGUUUGAAUAUGAGCAUUUCAACUAGUCAUAGCGAUAGGGUGUUCUUUGCUACAUUAACUGACACUGUAAUUGGUUUGCAAUAUGCUAUUAGAUGCAGUAAAAUACAGGGAAAUGCAAUUUGGAAAUCUUUCUUGAAGAAAAAUCUUCAGUUUUUCUUCAAAAUCCUAUGUAGAGCAAAGCAGCUUGAAUUAAGUCUAGCUUCUGGUUGCCCUCAGGCCUGUUGGUCCUCAUCCUGCGAGCCCAUCCGUGUAGGCAGGUCUGUGUUUGCAUGGUCUUAUUUCACUGAGGGUCUUAGGAUUGUUGGACUAGGGAGGAAAGAUGGAUGCAGAAGCAAAGAGAAAAUGACCCUGUUUUUUUCCAGUCCAGCAUUGGUACAAACAAGGUACUGAGCACAAAUACCACCUUUACUACUACAGAAAAUACAGACCAUGGCUACUUCUGUGAGUUUAGGAGGCUACUGCUUUCCCUUUAUGAAUUUUCCCUUAAGGAUCAUGGAAUUUAAUUCCUGCUGUAUAAAUAUACUGACGUAGGAUAGGAUCCAGUGAAACUACAUUUUUGAUAGAAAGGUUAAAAUCGGGAUUUUUCCAGAAAAACUUCAAACAGGAUUCUCUGCUCUUAGAGAGAUAAUUUCUUUUAUUUCUAAAAUACUGUAUUUUUUACAAGUUCUGCUCAGAAUAGAUGAUUUCUUUUCUCGACAUAUUCUUUCCU